UUGGAGAAUGGUACCUUAGUUGCUCGAGCGUACUUCGAUAGUACGUUCGGUACCAUCCAUUAAGAACUAAUUGUUUCGCGCGCGGAUCUUCGUAGAUUUUGUUGUUUGUGUGGGUGCCGGAAACAUUUUGUUAACAAUCAGAAUGGGUGUUUUACAAUUUUGGUUUCGUCUUAUGGGUACGACGUUAUGGAUAAUAUCCAUUUUGUCCAUCACCAAUUUAACGGGAGGCCACUCGAACCUAAUCGAGAACAAACUGGACAUGGAAAACUACUUAAGGCCCUUACCGAAGGAUUUAAAACCGAAAGUGACGUUGGCUUUUCAGGCUGAACAAGGAAAACCUCUUACUCGCGAAGAUUGUGGUGAGGAGGCGGAGGACGUGCCUUGUCCCCCCAGCAAGUACAGGAGUAUCGAUGGGGAGUGUAAUAAUGUGAGACACCCUAGUUGGGGCACGAGGGGAAUGCCCUUCUUGAGGAUGCUCAAAGCCGAGUAUGCUGAUGGAAAAUCUCAGCCAAGAACCUCGUCCUUGUCGACCUCAGAACCCCUUCCAAACCCGUUAGAGGUCGCCUCAACACUUCAAUCGAUACCGUCGGAGGUGCACGACUCCGUCACCUCGCUCUUAGGGGCUUGGAGUGAGGUGCUUCUGCACGACCUCGCCAUGACUGGAAACUUAAAGAGUGAGGAAUGCUGCUCCGAUAAUAGCAGCCAUCCCGAAUGCUACGCCAAAUUGGGAAACGGACAAUGCAAGGAUUAUAUGAGGACAUUGCCCUCCGUUGAUCUGGACCAGUGCAGUUUCAAAUAUCGUAACCAAAUGAACCUCGCGACCUCUUUCCUGGACGGGUCCGCCAUUUAUGGUAACACAGUUUCCAAUAUGGAAUCGCUACGUACUUUCGAGGGUGGACUGGUGAAUCUGUCUUCUUGCCCCAAUUGCCAAGGAAACGCCCUGUAUUCGGCCAUUUUAAGAGAACACAACCGCAUAGCCAGCAACCUGGGAACUCUUAACAAACACUGGAACGACGACGUCUUAUUUUACGAGAGUAGACGGAUCGUUAUUGCCGAAAUUCAGCAUAUAACUUACAACGAGUUCUUACCCACCGUACUUGGUCAGGAGUCUACAGUGAACUCGGAACUGAACCUGAGACCCCACGGUAGAUUCUCCGAGUACUCCAGUUCAACCCGUACGGGAGUCUACAAUGAAGUAGCACUGACAGCGUUGCCGGCUCUCUUGUCAAUGUUGCCAAACACUUUGGUAAACAAAACGGCAGAAACCUUCGCAGAAAUGAUCGACAUUUUAAUCACGGAACACGCGCAGAAACCUAGUAUGCACCUCUCCGCCCCGCUAAGAAAAGACUGGGACACGUCGAGUUUGUUCAUACACAUGAGCAGAGACCACGGCAUCCCUGGAUAUGUGAAAAUGGUAGAGUUCUGCAGAAACUCGACGUUCCCAAAACCGCCAAAGUUUGAGGAGCUAAAGUCUUUCGGCAUCAGACCGGAGUACAUCAAAGCGUUAAAGUACAUUUACAACCGUACAGAAAAUAUUGACCUACUGGUGGGGGUUCUAUUAGAAACUCCUUUGCCGGGAGCAAUAGUCGGCCCCACCCUCAACUGCCUCCUCACCGAGCAAUUUACCUUGCUGAAGAAGAGCGAUCGGUUCUGGUACGAGAACGAUCUGCCUCCCAGCUCCUUGACCACCUCCCAACUGUCGGAGAUCAAAAAAAUCACCCUUUCAGGCCUCUUAUGCGCCAACACCGAUGACCUCAAAGAGAUCCAACCGAAAGCGUUUGUUAUCGAGGAUCAGUACCUCAACGGGAGGAUAUCUUGUGAGCAACACGCUUUACCCAACUUGGUUGAAUGGGCCGAAAUGGACCAUAUGGUCGACGUGAGUGAGGAGUUACUUAUGGGCGCCCUCGCUAAAGCCGAACAAAGAUUGUUGGAUAGAAGGAAGAUGGAGUACCACGUUUGGAGUACCGUUGGAGGCGUUGAUCCGAAAUCACCUCACGGAAUCGCCGCGGCCUUUAGUAAGGCCAACAAACAGGCUCUUAAGUUGGCGAACACCUCGUUGCUUCUGGAGUUUGCCUCAAAUGAAAUUUUGAAUUCUCUAUCGCACCGAAGAAGGAGACGUCGUCAAACCCUGCACGGACGAUCUCUUCCAUUCAACUUCAACGACGACCUCACUGAUUCCCUUCAAUCUGUUGAUCUCUCAGCGUUCAUUUCUCCGGACGUGUUUGAAGACGAGAAACACUGUGAGGAGGAGGGUCCGUGUGACCCCACCACUCCUUACAGAACUUUAUCCGGACAUUGUAACAACUUAAAAAGACCUAAUUGGGGAAAAAGCCUUACUACAUUCAACCGAUUGUUGCCCAGUGCCUAUGAAGAUGGAAUAUCGAAACCAAGGGAAACAGGAGUAACUGGGCUUCCGCUCCCGAAUGCCAGAGCCAUAUCCAGAACGGUCCAUACGGACAUCAGUAACCUCCACAAGCGUUACACUCUGAUGGUGAUGCAGUUCGCCCAAUUGGUGGAUCACGAUUUGACCAUGACCCCGAUCCAUAAAGGACAUCACGAGUCUGUCCCGAGUUGUAGAUCGUGCGAUAGCGCUAGAACGGUACAUCCGGAAUGUAAUCCCAUUCAUGUUCCCAAAGGAGACCACUUUUAUCCCGCUUUUAACCUGACCACUGGGAAAGAUAUUUGUUUCCCUUUUAUGCGGUCUUUGCCUGGCCAGUUGCAGCUUGGACCAAGAGAACAAGUUAAUCAGAAUACCGCGUUUUUAGAUGGAUCCAUGAUUUAUGGAGAAAAUCCGUGCGUUUUGGGAACGAUUAUAGGCCAACAUGGUAAGAUGAACUGGACUGAUUUACCGAAUACUAAAGGGGUGCUGCCUAGGACUCAUACUCAUCCCGAGUGUAGGUCUGAGUCAGGACUAUGCUUCAUAGCUGGCGAUGGAAGAGCAUCAGAACAACCGGGUCUCUCAAUGAUACACACCAUCUACAUGAGGGAACAUAACAGGAUACGUGACAUCUUAAAUAAGAUAAACCCUCACUGGAACCACGAGAAAAUGUUCAACGAAGUGAGGAGGAUCGUGGUGGCGGGAGUCCAACACGUGACCUACAACGAAUUCCUGCCCAGAAUACUCGGCUGGAACGCGAUGAACUUAUACGGCUUAAAACUGUUACCUCAAGGUUAUUACAACGAGUACAAUCCCAAUUGUAACCCGUCGAUAUUUACGGAGUUCGCCACGGCCGCUUAUAGAAUAGGACACUCGUUAUUGAGGCCUCACAUCCCCACUUUGGAUAAUAAUUAUAAUAUCGUAGAGCCUCCGAUAUUGUUGAGGAACUUUUUCUUUAAAACGGACUUUAUGAUGAAGCCGGGAGUGAUUGAUAAUAUGGGGCGAGGUAUUGUGUCCACCCCCAUGGAGAGUAUGGAUCAGUUCAUCACCGGUGAAGUAACCAAUCAUUUGUUUGAGGACCGUAAGAUUCCUUUCUCUGGAAUUGAUCUUAUUGCUUUGAAUAUCCAGAGGGCCAGAGAUCAUGGCGUUCCUUCAUAUAAUAACUAUAGGGCUCUUUGUAACCUGAAAAGAGCCUCGACUUGGGAAGACUUAUCCAGAGAAAUCCCCCAGGACACCAUACAAAGACUAAAAUCCAUUUAUGCCAGUGUGGACGAUAUUGAUCUGUUCCCUGGUGGGAUGAGCGAAAGGCCCCUGCAAGGGGGCCUCGUGGGGCCCACUUUCGGAUGCAUUAUCGCCAUCCAGUUUAGACAUUUAAGAAAAUGUGAUAGAUUUUGGUAUGAAAACGGUGAUCCAGUUACAAGGUUCACGGAGGCUCAACUAGCAGAAAUUCGAAAAGUUACCCUGGCCAAGGUUAUGUGUGACAACUUGGACGGGAAUAGUGACAUGCAACGGUCAGCUUUUGAACUUCCAUCUAAUUUUCUCAAUCCCCGGGUCCCAUGUUCACACCACCCCAGCAUGAAUUUUAAUGUUUGGAGGGAAAAUGCACCCGGACAAGGCUGCUUCAUUGGCGGCAAACACAUUAAAAUUGGAGAAAGCGCUUUUCCUAGUCCUUGUACUAGUUGCGUAUGCUCUCCCGAAGGAGGAACUUGCGCUUCAUUAAAAAUCACAGACUGCCAUCAGCUGUUACAAGAAUGGAACCGUGAUAGUAUCCUUCACGAUGACGUUUGUACUGCCCAAUGUGGAUUUAUAUUUCGCACUUCGAGCAGAUCGGUGAGCUCCUUUGCAUCGGCUAAGUCUGGAAAUUUCAGGCAGUUCCAGAUAUCCGAUCCAAGCGUGUUUGAUUUCCCCAAGGAAGUGCCCGAUUUGAGCCCUUUUAUUGUAUAGACUGAUUUUUUUUUGUGUAGUCGUAGACUUUAGGCCUUCAUUCACUGCCCUUUGAGCCAGUCUUUUUUUUUCUACAUAAGGUAUUUUCUUACUGAAGCAAACUUUUUAAUGUAGUAGGUAGAUUUUGUAAAUAAAACUUGACACAGUGGGCUUUUAAUAUUGUAAAUAUAAUAUUGUUUAUUUGUUGAUUUCUCUAUUGGGUAACAUAUAAAAUGUUUAAAUUUAAAUAUUUUAUUAACAGCUAAAAAGUCAUGUGUAUAAAAAGUUGCUAUUUGAAUUAUCAUAAUGUAUAAAAUAUUUAUUUUAGUAAUUAAGCCCCAAAAUAAAAGUUGUAAUGUACAUUACAUGGUUCUUUUAAAACCAUUUAAGGCAAUAGAAACAUGUCUUUUAUACACAAUAAAAUUGUAAAAGCAAAUUGUCCGGAAAUAAAAGUUAUUAAUCAUUUA